AUGAGUGAAACGGUGCCACUUCUUGGGUACGGAGAGAAGAGCACCAGCUUGAGCAGAUCGGCCAAGAUCGUCCUCGGCGCUGUAGGCGGCGUCUUUGCCGCCGCUGUCUUGUACGUGUUGGUUGUUUUGCUUCCAGAUUACUACAUCCCGCAACCAGUGGCACUCAACGCUAUCGAGCACAUUGGCCAAUUUGACUGCAAAAGCUAUAGCAGGUACAUCUUGAUCGGAGACGUUCAUGGCCAUUUCAGAGAGUUCAAAAAGUUACUCAAGAAGGCCGAGUACAAUCCAAAGAAGGAUUAUGUGCUCUUGCUCGGGGACUUUAUCACUAAAGGACCAGACUCGCUUCCGUUGUUGGAUUAUUUGGCGAAAAGUGACGUUGAUUGUAUUAUUGGCAACCACGAAUUCAACGUGUUGCAAUAUUACGCUACUUUCCACAACUUGGAGCAGCCUGUAUUCAAUUUUUCAGCUAGUGAUGCAAGUUUGCAACCGCCUUGCAACUCCAAGGGAGGCUUUAAUCAAGAUCCCGAGUACUUGCUAGCCAAAAAGCUCCAGCCUCAACAUGUCAAGUACAUAAACAAGUGCUCGGUUCUCAAGCUUUUAGGAGACGUGCCUUUCAAACGCGCCGGGACGACGGCGCCUGGGGUCGGAGUCCACGCCGGCUUGGUAUGGGAUGUGCCAUUAUCUGCACAAGACCCGUUGGACAAUAUUGAAAUGAGAGCACUAUUGCCUCCGUUUUACAAUGAAACUACGUCAGAUCCGUCUACUCCCGGGAGCAAGAGAUGGUACAAGGUGUACAAUGAGCAGAACGGUAAACCACCGGCUGAAUACGUGGUAUAUUACGGCCACGAUGCUUCAAAAGGGUUGAACUUGCGCACGUUUACCAAAGGAUUAGAUUCGGGAUGCGAUAAAGGCGGCCAGUUGAGUGCGAUGGUGAUAACUAAGAAUAAGAAGAAAGGAAAUGGGGUUGAAUUCACUGAAGAAAUUGUUGAUGUGGAAUGCUAG